AUGUAUCAGUUACCGCUGGCCGUUUGCCUGCUGUCUCUCUUCUUCACUGUAAACUCAUCCAUCAAGAAGGGACGCAACUACACCAUUCAUUCAUCUCAGCUUAGCUGCAGUUUGCCGGGCCCUCAGGGUCCUCCAGGGAGUACGGGUGCAGCAGGUCCCAGUGGCAAUGUAGGUAAAAUGGGCAUGCCAGGUAUCGAUGGACAGGAUGGCAAAGACGGUGACAAGGGUGAGAAGGGAGAGAAAGGUGAGCAGGGUCGUCCUGGGAAUCCUGGAAAACUUGGACAACAAGGGCGCCCGGGAAUUUUGGGUAAGGCAGGGCCUAGGGGCCUGAAGGGGGUACGAGGAGCGCCUGGUGAGCCUGGGGCCGUUGGGACAAAGGGAGAGACUGGAGAUGCGGGAGAGACUGGUGCAGCUGGAAGAUGUAACUGUGGUGCAGAUGCACGUUCUGCUUUCUCGGUGGCAGUAACCAAGAGCUAUCCCAAGGAACGCAUACCUAUCCGCUUCAACCGGAUUUUAAUGAACGAGGGUGGGCAUUACAAUGCCACUACUGGCAAGUUUAACUGUGCAAUUCCCGGUGUGUAUUACUUUACAUAUGACAUCACGUUGGCUAACAAGCACCUGGCAAUCGGGCUCGUCCACAACGGCAAGUACAAGAUCAGAACGUUUGAUGGCAACACAGGAAACUAUGAUGUGGCUUCAGGUUCAACGAUACUCAGACUGAAGAAAGGAGAUAAGGUUUGGGUUCAGAUCUUCUAUUCAGAACAAAAUGGACUAUUCUUUGAUCCAUUCUGGACUGAUAGCCUUUUCACAGGUUUUCUUAUUUAUGCCGACCAGGUUGCUUCAGAUAAAGUGAAUGUUACUGGAUCAUCCUGAUUAAGACUUUCUCUUUGUUUCGUGUACAUUUUGUCUUUUCCUUAUCAAAUGACCCCCAUUAACCCAGUGAUUCCAAAAAUCCAAAUCAAUAACAAAGCUGAUUAUUAGACCUCACUGAGGAGGGGGAUAGAAGAGGACAUAGUUCAUAAAGAUAUAUUGAUUAAAUAACACAAACAGAUUACAACACCAAGGUUGAAAAAACUGAUGAAAUUCUUGGAAGCAAAGUGCCACAUCAUCACCACAAUUAUUGUUG